GGUUUUCACUUCAGUCGACUUCACGAGUGCGCGCGUCUGAUAGAAGUUGAUCUCUGUGACAAGAUCUCUAAACCUCAGCUGCUCAUCAGAUAAGAUGAGAAGAUUACUUGGAAUUCUUGUAAUUUUGAAAUAUUGCAUUUGCGGUGAUGUGCAUGACUUCGAUGGAGAUAUCAAGGACUUUGUAGUUGGUAACAGUAAGUUAUUUGUUCUUACUGAUCAUCGACUAUAUCAGAUGAGACACGAUCUUACUGAGGAGAAGAGGAAAGACAUCACUAAUGCCACUGAACACAACAGAGUUAACAUUCUGCUGCCUUUUGAUGCCAACAGCACCUUGAUAAUGUGUGGGACAUUUAAAGAAGGAUAUUGUGAGGUUCUUGAUAUAAAUGAUAUUACGAAAAGUAUUUACUAUGAAAGUAAUCUACUGAUAGGACCUCGACAGGAUGAGAAAUCUGUUGCCUUCAUAGCCGGUACAAGUAGCAGUAGGUACCUUUUGGUUGGGAAAAAAGACGAAGAUGCAAAACCUCAAGAUACCAGAUAUUCUGUUGUUAUCUUGUGUAACACUUUACAGUCUCAAUUUGGUGGGAUUUUCUCAAGAAUAGCGGAUGGAUCAGAUCUCAUGAUUCAGAGCACUGUGAGAGAUGUGGAGUUUGUUGAUGGAUUCCAGAGAGUUUCACCCUCAGAAUCCUACUUAUUUCUGAACACAAAGACUGACUCCGAGAGGAAAGUGCUCGUCCUGUGGAUGAACAGCUCUAAAGGAAAAAAGUUAGAAAUAAUCAAAUCUCUACAGGCUUCAAUGAUACUAUGCUGCAGUGAUAAAGCUCGUCCAGUGCUCGUCGCCAGCACCGUUAUUCCCUCAGUGAACAGAGUUAUUUGGGCAGGUGUGUUCAGUGCACAGAAUCAGCAGGAUCCGGAGAACAGCGCGCUGGCUCUGUACGACAUCAGUCAUGUUAAAGGACGAGUGAAGGGCUUCUGCUCUUAUGGUGAAAAUCCAUGUGGUUCUGAGAGUGAUACUGAACUUCAGCCGCUCUCUGUGGUGUUCAAGUACAGCUCAAUGUCAGCAGUGGCAGCAGUUAGAAGUGGAUCCUGGAUUGUGCUGUUCAUAGGAACCAGUGAUGGUCAACUCAUAAAGCUUGUGUUGGAUGAGAAUUUCACUCCAGGCUGUCCAACAGUGCUGUUCAUAUCUGAUGAUGAGCGAGCAGUGUUUCCCAGAAUGCACUUUGAUCAAGUAGAUUUCAAAUAUAUCUACAUUGCCCUGAAGAAACAGUUAAGAAGAAUGUCUGUGGUUUCGUGUGCUAAAUACAUCACUCUGAAAGACUGCAGAGCUGCUCUGGAUCCUCUCUGCGGCUGGUGUGUGAACACACAAAGAUGUUCUACUCAAGAUGAAUGUUCAAAUACUUCAUGGGUGUCCAUCCCAAAAAACUCUCUCCAGACACGGCUGUUUUCUUUUCAGAUAGCAGAGAAUUCUUCUAGAAAGAUUACUCUACAUCUUUCAUUGAGUCUGGAGAGCACAGGAAAUCCUGCCUUCUCAUGUACCUUCACUAAAGGAAGUGUAAACCUGUGUGACGGGUCUGAUCCACCUGCAGUUUUCCCAAACUGCUCCUGUAGUUUUUCUGAUCACAUUCUAUACACUGGAGGUUUAAGAGUCUCUGCUACAGUUACUAUUGAGGAUCAGACAAUCACAGAUACACUGACGCUGAGGAACUGCUCUGGUAUCAAAGAUAAUUCACCAAAUUCUUCUUACACAAAGUGUGUGCAGUGUGUCUCAUCUGGGUGUCACUGGUCCUCUUCCUCCAAGUGUUGUGAUUUGACACAUGGACAUGGGCUGCAGUUACACACACAGAAGCCAGAGAUUCUGUCUCUGAAGCCGAACAAGGUUUCUUUCCAUGGCAGAAACAAUGUUUUACUAAGAGGAAGGAACCUGGAAUCUGUUACUAAAAUCCGUAUUCAAGCGGAUCUGGAGUGCAUUCCUAAAGAAUCUCCAGUGUUUGAUCGCUCCAGUGACAUGUUAAGGUUCCACAUUCCUCCCAGUGGAACUAAAGGAACAGUGAAAGUGUGUGUUGUUACUCCUGACGACCGUUGUCAUGGUAGCAGCAUCAUCACUUACAGUUCUCAGCCCAGCUGCACUGGAAUACAGCCCACAGUCAGCUGGAGCAGUCACAAUGGUUUCACCCAUCACCAGCACAGCAGCGACACCCGUGAAAUUUCACCAGUCAGUGGCAGCUGGGCAGCCGUGCAGCUGUCUGCAGUACGUAGUGUCUCAUAG